GGGGAAGGGAGAGUGCGCGCGCGCGCGCGGAACGGCUUUGCAGUCGCCGCGGGCUAUUGAGCGCUCUUGCCGCGAGUCCGGCGUCAGCAGGAGCCGGGGAGGAGCUGGCGUUUCAGCACGCCGGCCGCCGGCCGAGGCUUCCUAUUAGGACGCCGUGCACCUUAGGGGGCCUUGUUUGUUUCCAGGGCGACAAAACGGGCAAAAGUCUGGGCUCUGGGAGGCAGCUGAGCGCGGGGGGGGGGGGCUUGGACCUGUCUUACCUCGCUGAAAAGCCUUUAGGAAAGCGGUGAGGUCAGUGCCAGCCUGGCUGCUGGGAUUUCCCGCAAAUCUCAGCCGGCCUCCCACAAAUCUCGGCCUUCGGGGAAGGGCAUGGAGUAAACAGCGAGGGCGGCUUCUGGGCGACGGAGGUGGGAGGGAGCCUCUGGGCCCAGGCUGGCAAUAGAUUUGUGUUCCCUAGUUCUGCCUGCGCUCAAAGCUGCUUUUGCCCAGUGAUGACCCAGAGGGCCUGGGGCAACCCAGCCAGAUGGGUGGGUUACAAAUAAUUAAUAAUAAGAGUAAGAAUUGCCCAUGACUGUCACAGUGAAGAGUGUUGGAAAUGAAAAUAGCCCGCGAGAUGAGGAGCCAGUGGAUAGCUUUCUUCUACUGAUCUACAAAAUAAUGUAAACAAGUGAUCAGGUGACAUGUAGACUUCAGAAUGAGCAGGGAACUGCAUCAGGCCCAGGAGGAAUUCAUGUCCUGAGGGCUUGCCAACUGGAGUUUACUAGUGUCUCCCCCAUGACCCACCUAGUUACCACCUUAGAGACAAAGGAGGUGUAGAGCGGUAUCUGUGGCAACAGAACCUGAUUUCACUGAAAGUCUGUUUUGAAGCACUGGCCCAUCUACCUAGAUGUUCUUCUUAAAGCAACCCUGUGGCAAAGACUAGUUCCUAAGGUUUGAUUUGGUUUGAUCAUCUAAGAAAUGGAUGUUCUGUCUUUUACUGACUUGAAAAAGAGAGCACGUCCAAAUUCCUUGAAAUUGCAUAGAUGAAAAUUGUUCAAGGAAGUGCCACAGUUUGCAGUGCUCGCAUUUCAUAGAAUCAUAGAAACUUAGAUUUGGAAGGGAUCCCAAGGGUCAUCUAGUCCAACCCCUGCAAUGCAGGAAUCUCAGCUAAAGCAUCCAUGACAGGUGGCCACCCAACCUCUGCUUAAAAACAAUCAAGGAAGGAGAGUCCACCACAUCUUGUGGGAGUCUGUUCCACUGCCAAACAGCUCUUACUGUCAGAAAGUUUUUCCCAAACGUUUAGUCAGAAUCUCCUUUCUUGUAACUUGAAGCCACUGGUUCGAGUCCUACCCUCCAGAGCAGGAGAAAACAAGCAUGCUCCCUCCUCCAUGUGACAGCUCUUAAGAUAUUUGAAGAUGUCUAUCAUAUCUCCUCUCAGUUUCCUCUUUUCCAGGCUAAACAUACCCAGCUCCUUCAAGUGCUCCUCAUAAGGCUUAACUUAGGUAGUUUCCAGACCCUUGAUCAUCUUGGUUGCCCUCCUCUGCAAACGUUCCAGCUUGUCAACAAAUUUUAUUAUAAUGCAUUGGUACUGUUUGCCCUGCCCUGCCCUGCCCAUUUUGUUUUGAUUUUCAUACAAAAGCUUACCCUGCCUCUUGUCAGAUUUCCUUAGAUCCAAUUUCAGUUCCCUUUUCCUUUGGAUGUGAGAUACUGCUGAAUGGGGAGCUGGCAUCCAAGACUUGCUCCUUGGAGCUGUUUGUCCUGUCUGAAAAGAGCAGGAGGUCUUUUGUGCUAGGGUGCACCAGGGCUCAGCCCUGGCAUUUAUUUUCAGCGCCACAGCUCAAAACAACACACAACAAAGGUGGAAAAGAUUCAAAACCAUAGAUUCAAAGGCCAAAGCUUUGGGUUACUAGUCAGCUCCUGUUUUCAUCCCCUCACCCAGUUCCUCUGGCAAGUGCAGAAGACUUGGGAGAGGGAGGUGAGGAUUUCUCUCAUUUGUUUUGGAUGUUCUCUUGUCCAAACUUUAGAAAUAAACCCCUGUUUCUCUCCCAAGUCACCUGCUUUUGCCCUAGUUUGGAAGAGAUUUUUUUUUGGGGGGGGGAGAGGGGUGUUCUUGUGUUGUUAGAUUGGGUAAGAAUACUCCCAGGAGGGGAUAUGUGCUGCUGGGUUCUCCUCUUCGGAAGAUUUGGUGAUUUGUUGAAUAGAUUUGUGGACACUUGAAAAUGCCUCUAAGACACAGAAUGCAUUUCAUUUACUACUGACCAACUACUGAAUUCCCCCCCCCCCCAUAUCGUAGAUUCAAGAGAAGGGCCUUCAGUUCAUAAGCGUGGUGUUUCAAGACAGUCUCCUCUUUGUCUAAGAAAAUUUAAGCAUAAGGCUGAUAUCAUCAGAGUGGGAGUUCUCAUCAUAACCGCCUUGAAAAUGGAUUAUUGGCUGGUGGCAAAUCCUCAAAUUUUUGAUUGGUUUCUUAGUUCACCUUUUCUUGGGAAACAUGAUUGAACUUGUAGUUUAUUUUGCAACUCUAAGCAACUUUGGGUGGUAGACAUUUUUUUGAUACGCUUUAGUCCGGUUUCUGGUUUGGCCCUUAGACUGAGAUUGCUUUAUUUGCCGUGGGGAAUGAGCGGUGACUGGAGGCUGAGAAGUAGUAAAAUAUUUUUGAUUUUACUGGACCUGUCAACAGCUUUUGAUCUAGAAGACCAUGGCAUUCCACUUGAGUACCUGAUCGACCUGCCAAGAAUUAGGGGACUGCUUUUAAGUGGUUCCACUUCUCUGACGGGACGGUUUCUGAGAUAGCCACCGGCAGACUGUUAUUUUUAGUUCUCUGCAACUAUCUGCACUUAAAUGGUUUUAUCCCAGCCAUUUUUAACAUCUGUAUGAAACUGUUUGUAGAGAGAGCCUGAAGUUUUGGAGUGCAAUGUUAGCAGCAUUCUGUUGACACUCAGAUCUAUAUUCUUCACAUCCAGGAACGCCAAUCUUUGAGCAUAAAAUGAGAUUUGGUGGUCAUGGAAAAUUGAAUGAAAGCAAAUAAGCUGACACUGAAUUAUUGCAAAGGAGAACUAGAAGUAGUGAUGGUUUGAGACUUCUAGAAUCUGUGGAGAUCCACUGGUGAUCACUAGAGUCGUAGCCCUAGUAGUGAUCAAGUACAAAUCAAGAGUAUCAUACUGCAGGUCAUAUUGCCCUAGGAUAGAGUAGUACCUGUUCAGCAUUCCUGAACAACUUGUGAGGUCCGUGGUACUUUAGGAAUCACCUGAACCCUUAUAUCCAACUCUGUUGCUGAGAUCAUUGUUGGGGAGGCUCAUCUGAUGUUGACAGAAGGCACCUUCUGCAUUAACUUUUAAAUGUCUGCUGAAAACUUUGUUAUGCUGCCAGGCUUAUGCAGACAAUUAGGAACAUUUUUUUUUUGAAAUAGCUAGCUAGUAAUUUGUGAUUUUAAUUUGUGAGGGGAUUAUGUGGUUUUAUUUACAACAGUCUGUACAACAGUUGAAAACUGCUUUUUAAAAUUAAAUUGUGGCAUGUAAGUAUUAUUUUUUAUAAACAAACUAAUUAAAAGGCAAGGGUCAAACUGGCAAGUGGUAGCCCACAUACCUCCAAGCACCCUUUUCACACCCUCAAGCUCAUUUUUCUUCCCAUGUCCAACAAGAGUGUUUGGUGUGAAAGUAAAGAAUGGACAGAGUGAGUUAAAUAAAUGAAGGAAGGAAGGAAGGUUUAGUUUUGCAUCCCACCUGCUUCCCCCCCUGCCCCACCUAAUACAAUGUGUUCUGAAGGCCAGUGGUAAUAUUAGUUGGGCCAGAACAUAAUUAAACAAUUAGACUUACUAGCUAACCAUUUUUAUUUUAUAUACAUUUUCAUAAGGGAGCUGCACACAGUUCAGUGGUUCUCCUUUGUAUGAAAGCAAUUACUAGCAGCACAGAACUGCUAGUCUGGUCGAAUUUGACUUUCAGCAAAUUACUCCAUGCAUGAAGGCAUUAGAAAAUGCCUGUGUGUCAUAACAUUAAUCCUAUGACUCAGAUCCCUGUUUAUAUUCUCAUCCUAUCCAAAUGUAGGUCCAUGUGCAGGCACGAAUACUUCCGCAACAUAAUAGUAUGCCUACAAGCCACAGCAAGAUUCUGCUGGAUAUGAUUUUUUUGGAACAUCUUCCAAGAGAAUAUUCCUGAGUAAAUUAAGACCUUGAUAUAUAGACAGGAUAUAAAACGUAAAGGCCAUAUUUUGAGAAACUGCCAUUCAUCUCAGGAAGUCUGACCCACAGAUGGGAAUGUUUUCACAUGUGGAUCUACUGUAAUGCAAGGACACAACUGCACUGCUCCUCGAACACAAUGGCUGCAGGGAAACAGACAAAUUAACAUCAACCAUUAUGCCAAUAAGAAGAGUGCUGCAGAAAGUAUGUUGGACAUUGCCUUGCUUAUGGCGAAUGCAUCCCAGCUCAAAGCAGUUGUGGACCAAGGACCUACCUUUUCAACCUAUGUCCCACUUGUUGUCCUCAUUGGCAUCUCGCUCUCACUUCAGAUCAUAGUAGGCGUGCUUCUAAUAUUCCUUGUCAAAUAUGACCUUAAUAAUCCUGCAAAACAUGGCAAGCUGGAUGUCCUCAAUAAUCUGACAACUGGACUGGUGUUUAUUAUAGUUGUUGUGAAUAUCUUCAUUACGGCCUUUGGAGUUCAGAAGCCGAUGGACUCCAAAGUAUAGGUCAAAGAAAAAGAGACCCAAGAUCUUAAAUAAAUGUUGGAGAUGAAUGUUAUGAACUUGAGCCAGUAUCUCUUAAAUGGAAAACAUGAAGAACCUGAAGCAAUUCAAAAAAGCAUUAUUCUCUUUCAAUUGAACUGUUUCUCCAGGAACUGUUAUCCCAUGCCUCCACUGGCAGCUCAGAAUUCCUUGCUCUCUGUGCCUUACAUGUUGAACAGAGAAAGAGGUGAUUUCUACACUUGAAAGUAUGGGCUUCACAGGAGUAGAAAGACAGCUGAAAAUUCUGCACUAAAGGAAGGCAGGUUCAUCUUGCAAAACUCAACUUUCUGAUCCCAAUAUUUAACACAAAUGAACUAUUUUUUUGUAUUUUUUUUCUUUACAUAAUUCUAGCUGCAAAAUGUCUCAUAUUUGGAGCUUUUUCUCUUCUGCAAAGGCCAUUAUACCUCAUGCUCCUUCAGAAUCCAAGUGUUUCAGAGAAAAAAGGCUUCAGCCCCAGAGUUCUUUUUAGAAUUAAUUUGUUGUACUUCUUUCUGAGUUUUCUGAGUCCUUACAGAAUUGUUGGUGUAAAACUCUACUGCUUUGAGAGCAGUAUCUUAAAAUGCAGUCCAUAGCAUACACUUCUCAGCGCAAUCCCAGUUUAUGAUCAGUCAUUUAACAGUGUUGAUAGUUAAUAGUAGCAUGAUACUUAGCUGAUCACAACUCUAAAGAGAUAUCCCCAGCCAUCCUCCAGAUUUGCUCUAAGGACUGCACACAUCACAUUUAUAAAGACAUGUAUGAGGGGAAAUGUGUGCCCUAGCGCUCUGUUGGAUGUGAAGAUGGCACAUGGUUGUAGACUCAUGCUCACUAUGGACAGGGCUUUGUGGGUUUUUUACAGCAAUGUGGGGGGAUAUUUAUUUGGAUGUAUAGUUUAUCAGACAUGAGGGCUCAGGUGGCCACUAGUUUCAGUUCUGUAAAAGAAUGACAAUAAAAAGAAAUGAUAUAAGGAGAUCCAGGAGAGAAAAUUAAAAAGGGGGCGAACACAAUAUUCCCAAACCCUCUCUAAAUAUAUACAAAUAGCUUUUGUGAAAUAACCCUAAUUGGGGAGGAGAAAAGGCUAAAGAGUAAAGCCUACACAAAUCCAAAAUGGUCCCAAAGGCAGUUGGACAGUGUCUUGUAUUCCCCCUUCUGGCAACUCCUGCAGCCAAGCUGGUGCCAAAUGUAUUGCUUUGCUUUGGACCACAUCAGCAAGGCCAAGAGGAGGGUCUUGUUGUCUGGGCAGCCCAGGCCCUCCAUGCAAACAGCCCGGACUUGCACCCCAGAGAGGUUUCCUUUCAGUUCUUUAUUAUAAUAACCAAAAAGUUUCUGAUUCAGACUGUGAUUCUAACAAUGUCGACUUACUGAAGACUUAUUGAAUUCAAUGGGGCUUGCUCCCAGGUAAGUGGAGUUAGGAUUGCAGCAUUAGUCAACAUUAACUCUCCACUGAAAGGCCCUCUGUCUUUUGAUAGCACUUCUCGUAUGAUCCUUGUUGUACAACGAUUUUCGCAGAGGACUUUUUAGGGGAAAGUCUUAAAGCUUUCCUCAUUUUUAGUGCUUCAGGGGGGGAAAGGCCAGAGACUUUUCAUUCCCAGACUCUGCAUUAAAAAGGCUCUGUUCAGACCUCUCUGAUUCUGCAGUGAUGUACUUGAGACAUCUACUUUUACUUGAGUUAACUCUCAAGUUAACUCU